GUGGUGAUGAAGUGGUGGUGGUGGUAGUGGUGGUAGCGGGGCAGCAGCAGCAGUGUGAGUCGCGGCUAAGCUUGCCAGUCGGUAACAUGUCUGAGUGACGCCGCCUGCCCCGCUCUCUCUCUCUCUCUCUCUCUCCGUGUCUUGGGAUACUACCACACCACCACCACCUGCCUCCUCCCCAACCUGUGUUUCAGUGUCCCCCCGCGCGCGCGCGCGUCCUUGUGUCUGUGUUAGUGUGUGUGUGUGUCUCUUCCCCCUCCCCCUGCAGGAGUCUCCUUAUUACCUCGUCAGAGUGGCUCAGGAUCCAUCGCUCUCCAGCAGGGUGUCCACCGCCACGAUGCAGGUGGAGAAGCUCGUCUCCAAGUCUUCUAGCAGGCGACUGUGCGGGGACAACAACCUCGACAACCUACGUACGAGUAUAUGGGAGAGUUACACCAAGAACUUACGAAACGGAGCCUCGCCACGGAUGCUGUCUCCAUCCAUCUCCCCGGCCACCUCGCCCACCCUCACACACAGUGGGUCACCCACGCCGCCACUCUACCCACCACAACACAAGAUCUCAGGCAUACCCACCGUCGCUGCAGCCUCCAGAUUCACGGCGCCUGUACACAUUGACGUGGGUGGUUCCAUCUACACAUCCUCCCUGGAGACACUUACUAGGUUUCCUGAGAGCAGACUAGCGCGGCUCUUCAACGGCUCCAUCCCCAUCGUACUGGACUCCCUGAAGCAGCACUACUUCAUUGACCGAGACGGCAAAAUGUUCCGCCACAUCCUGAACUACAUGCGUCACGGCAGGAUGCUCCUUCCAGACGACUUCACCGACCACGAUCUCCUCCUCGAGGAAGCCAGAUACUUCGAGAUCGACGGUCUGGUGAAGCAGGUGGAGGAAAUGAAAAAGGCUCGUCAGGAGGCACGCAAGUCCUUGUUGUCGUCGUCACACUCGUCACAGUCAUCUUCGUCAUCAUCGUCGUCACACUCGUCCGUCAGACACAAGUCACUCGUCAAUGGAAUCAAGAAGGAGGACGAGAGCCACGGAUACGACGUGAUCGCCCUCAACAUCUGCCCGGACCUCGGGGAGCGAGUGAUGCUCUCCGGGGAGAGGUGUGUCAUCGAAGAGCUUUUUCCAGAGGUGGCCCAAGCCAUGAUGGAUGCCCGUUCCUCCCUCGCCUGGAACCACGACCAUCGCUUCAUUAUCAGGUUUCCCCUCAACGGCUACUGCAAGCUUACCUCGAUGCAAGCUAUCCAACGACUCCUCAACGCCUCCUUCAGCCUGGUCACCAGCAACGGCGGCGGCGUCGAGGGACAGCAAUUUUCGGAGUACCUCUUCUGCAGGCGGACCGUGCCCCUGUGAUCAUGCCCCGCCUCAACUCCUAGAUAGAACUACAGAAAAAACAAACAGAAAGAAGUGUCAGAAACAAGAGGGAGAUGGAGAUAGAGAGGGAGAGUUCAUAAGUAGAGUAAGAAGUACUGAAAUCUUUAUGGUGAUGUAAAGUAGAAGAAGGAAGAAAAGAAUAAGAGUAGUACGAGAAAAAAAAAAGAGAAGAGAAAGAUAAGUACGAGGAGAAAAAAUAGUGAGAAAAAGUAGGAAGAGGAGACGAAGAGUGAAAAUGGCGAGGGCUUCUUGGGAUUCUCAAGUUAGCAAUAUAUUCGAAAAUAUUCGCUCAGCAUUCAUCCCUCCUCUCUAUCCCCCACACAAGUUCCCUUUCCAGUAUAAAUCACAUGAAUUUCUAAAACAAGAAAAUGGCAACAGUCCGUUUAUUUUCUAGAAAAAAUUACCAGUGUAUUGAUUGUAAGACAAUUCUUGUAAAAAAAAUCUCUGUUGGAUGAAGAGGUGAGCUUAAGUGUGAUGUUUUGAUAUAUUGGUUAUACUAAAAUGUUUUUUUACAAAUCUUUUAUUGAUAAUGACCGUAGUUACUAUGGAAACAUUGAUGUUUACUAUUCUGUUGAUUGUGAGGUUGAGAAUGGUUAUGGAAAGUGUGGGAAUCAACCUACUAAGGUGUUGAUUCCGACUACCUGAGUCGAUGACGACUGUAAAGCCGAUGACUGAACCGUUUACGUUAGGUGACUGUAAAAUGAUGUUUAUGAGAAUCAUGUUCCUGGCCACCGGGUUCAACGUGGAUUCUUCUGUGCCAUGCUUUGUACACGCUGUCGGUUCCCGAGGCUAUACUCUGCAGACCUACUCAGUGUCCUCAUCCUUGCCUUCCCAUACAACCUCAACACUACACCAUAUCCUUAACAUCUUCCAAAAAUUGACCCUGACAGACAGCAGCUGACACUUCAAGCGUUACUCUGACAUACUACAAACGUUGCCCUGAAGCAUUAUAAAAGUUUCUUCAGUAUACUACGAACGUUACCCUCCUUGACAUACUACUGUACAAACGUUGCUCUAACAUACUACAAAGGUUGCCCCAACAUGCUAUAGUUUCUCGAUGGACUACAAGACGUAUUCCAAGUAUAGGUCUCUACAUACUACGAAAGUUACCCCCAUAUUUUCUGUAAAUGCUCUCCCGACAUAUUCCAAAAACGUUGUGUUCCGACUUACUCCAACCGUUGCCCGACACCCUAAACUUGUGGGCCACUACCGCAACUUAGCCUUGGGAUGACACCAGUCAGUUCAGCUUGAAAUUUUCCCUUCAAGUUAAUCGCUCCAAGGACUGAGUAGCUACACUUACAACUGAGUGAGUCUGCAGACGCCGUCCAAGGGACUGUCUCGCCAGGCCCGACAGUGUUCUGCCAAGUGAAUCAGGAUAACAGCAUACUUUUAGGGAAUAUUUGUAAAGAAAUGAUUUUUAGCUUAGAGUUUUGGGGAGGCGCGGGAGAACGGGUCAUGCUCAGCUGGGGAGAACAACACUCGUCCUAAGAUGGAAGCAUUUUAAUUUUUUUAAUGUGUAAUAAGUAAAUCAUUAUAAAACAUUCACAGUUUCAAUUUGUUUCGACAGUUUAAUUGUUUUCUGUGUUUUCAUUUCUAAUUUUCUGUUGCUGCAAAAGUAAUUUUUUUUUUAAAUUUAACAAGUAUCAUUAUUUUUCAACCUUAUAACUUGGAAGGUUAAAGAGGAAACUUGCUUGGUAAUUGUAGAGGUUCAUCUGGGUAACCACCGUGUUGACUCCCAUCUCGGCUGACAUCGUUUCCCGCUAACCACCCUUCAGAGUUUUAUUGUGCCAUACUUAACAGGAGGCUGACCACUUGGGGGCGGGGUCAACCAACUUACCUAAUCACCCUCGCAUCCUUCAGGCGUCAAGUACGUGUCUUGUGGAAGUGAGUUAUAAGUGCAAGACGCACCAGAGGAGCAUGCUGCUCCUAGUGUGUCCACCUUCACAACAUAGACAUUUUGUUUAACAAUGUUACAUGUAGCCUCUUUCAUUACUGUUUUCUUUCACGUCCCGCAUAUUGGCUUGACCCCAGCCCUUAAGCCUGCCCUCUCACCUGCCGCCAGUGACCCCAUGAGCCAUGACCCUCCAAGGUCAGGUCAGGGCGCAGUACAAAACAGAGGUCGAGGCAGGUCAGAGUCGCCUCAUGAACUAAUGUACAUAAGAAAGGUGGUGUAUUUUUUUUUUUGUUUUUGUUGUUGCAUCAAAACAUGCUAGUGAUGCGAGACAGAAGCACUCACUAAAGAGGUUACUGCCUCUCAAUACAUGAUAUUAUUAUGACAGAGAAAGAGUCUGAGGGGUGAGGUUACAUGCAGGAUGUCCUGAUGAUUCAUUAUGUUUCUCAUGUGUCUUAAAUACCACCACAGAGUGUUUCCCAUCACCUGGAAAAUGAGUGUCCUUACCCCAUUUACUUCAGUGAAUCAUUAGGCCUGAAUAUUAUGUAUCUCUCACUGAAUUAUUUGAGAUAACUGUUAGCUCUCUCACGAAAUCAUCUCUCACUAACCCACUGGGUCUCAACGUUAACAAUCUCUCACUAACCCACUGGGUCUCAACGUUAACAAUCUCUCACUAACCCACUGGGUCUCAACGUUAACAAUCUCUCACUAACCCACUGGGUCUCAACGUUAACAAUCUCUCACUAACCCACUGGGUCUCAACGUUAACAAUCUCUCACUAACCCACUGAGUCUAAACGUUAACAAUCUCUUAUUAACCCACUGAGUCUAAACGUUAACAAUCUCUCACUAACCCACUCAAUCUAAACACUAACUCCCACUAAAUCAAUGGGUCUGAACAUUAUCUAAUAAAUACUCGAAUAUAAAUGAUCAUUCAACAGACGUCAGAGCCUUCACAGAGAUAUUGAACUACCGUUUAAUUUCCUUCUCACACUUACGUUUCUAUAAUAAGUAACUGGUUUUAUUUAUUUUCAUACUGAAUCAUUAUUUUACUCUAAAGUGGAUUCAAAGUUCAGCUAAAUACACUUGGCAAACCUAUACCACUGUUAGGUCUCUCUGUUUAUUGUUUGCGCGCUAAAGUGAUCAACAUUGUAACACAAAAAUUCAUUGUAAUUCCCAUGAACAUUUUUAAACACAUAGGACGUAGCACCAACAAUAUAUGACAAAAAAAAAAACUAAUAUGAAUAACUAAGAUUUCAGAGAAUGUUUCACUCUUAAGCAGAAUUUUUAAGGUCAUGAGGAAGCUCUUAGAGCCAAAUGUUCUCCAGUUUUUUCUGCGUUAAAGUGUCUUUGUACACGCCACAGCGUGUCUGAUUAACAAAAUAAAAAGUCCUGUAGUAUUCACAUGGGGUAGAGGAAAACUUGUGGUGCAUGUGAUGAAAAUGUGGAGAAGUGUCUUGUGAUUCACUCUGUGGUGGCCAGCGAGACAUAAUAAUUGUUUCCUAUGUAAAUAUGAGCCAGAUACAUGCUCAGGAGCAUGAGCCAGGUACAUGCUUAGGAGGAUGAGCCAGGUACAUGCUUAGGAGGAUGAGCCAGGUACAUGCUUGGCAGCAUGAGCCAGGUACAGGCUCAGGAGCAUGAGCCAGGUACAUGCUCAGGAGCAUGAGCCACGUACAUGCUUAGGAGCAUGAGCCAGGUACAUGCUUAGGAGCAUGAGUCACGUACAUGCUUAGGAGCAUGAGCCAGGUACAUGCUCAGGAGCAUGAGCCACGUACAUGCUUAGGAGCAUGAGCCAGGUACAUGCUUAGGAGCAUGAUCCAGCAUUACGAACACAUCAGGACUUCCUGCAUCGUGACAAGAUACUCCAGAGACGAACACAGAACGUGCUUUUCCGGGGAUGCUAUUCUGACCACUCCAGAAACGAACGCAGGAUCCUGGUAUUUCAGACACUUCAAGGACGACCCCAGAUUGCUCUAUUCCAAACACUGAAGAGUGUGGUGAAGCACUCGCCCAUCAACAUUUCUGACCAAAGGUGUCUGACUCCCUCCAGUCUGUCAACAUGUCUGACCAAAGGUGUCCGACUCCCUCCAGUCUGUCAACACGUCUGACCAAAGGUGUCCGACUCCCUCCAGUCUGUCAACAUGUCUGACCAAAGGUGUCGGACUCCCUCCAGUCUAUCACCAUGUCUGACGUUACCCUUGCUUCUUGUCACUCACCCAACCAUUCUUAACGCUUACUGACCAAUAUUACAUUUCUAAAGCGGUACUUGAUCCAAGAAGGUGCGGCCAUGUGUACUUGGUCAAGUAAGUUACAGUGAACACAAACAGUAUCCAACAGCUGUUCAACAGUAAACUACAGUAAGCAAACAGUAUCCAACAGCUGGUCAACAGUAAACUACAGUAAGCAAACAGUAUCCAACAGCUGGUCAACAGUAAACUACAGUAAGCAAGCAGUAUCCAACAGCUGGUCAACAGUAAACUACAGUAAGCAAACAGUAUCCAACAGCUGGUCAACAGUAAACUACAGUAAGCAAGCAGUAUCCAACAGCUGGUCAACAGUAAACUACAGUAAGCAAACAGUAUCCAACAGCUGGACAACAGUAAACUACAGUAAGCAAACAGUAUCCAACAGCUGGUCAACAGUAAACUACAGUAAGCAAACAGUAUCCAACAGCUGGUCAACAGUAAACACAAACAAAGUUGAGAGAAGCUUAAGUGGUUUUGGCGACACAUGGUUGAUUGGAUGGUUAAUGAGGUUUAAAGCCUAUCUACGACACGAGGACCAUUAAGGGUGCACAGUAACCUUUUCACCACCAGACAAGAACAUUUCAAUCCCUAAAAUAGGGAUUAAAGUUCACUCUCAGCAUAUAUACACACUGAGACAUGCAUCACAGACACGCAUCCUGACACAUAGCAGCCAACUCUCGUCACCAGCGUGUGUGGGGGUUACCAGUGUUUUAAGGGAAUAACAUACAUCCCGCACUGCCAAGUUUAAGUUCAUUAUUGGAUGUUAACCAUAUGUAAAAAAACAAAAAUGGUUAAUUUACGUUAACCUAAACUAACAGAGGGAAAAACCAUUCGUUUGGAGGACACGUUGACUAGGAAGUAGAAUUAUGUGCUUACUGAUGUAUGAUCACCUGGAGUCAAGAUUGGCGCCGCUUGGCGUCAGAUCAUCUGGCGCCAACGUAGGCGCUGCCUGGUGUACAAUUACUUAAGUCAAGGAAGGCACUGCCAGACGUAUGAUUAUCUGGAUUCAACACAGGCGUUGCCUAGUGUACGAUUACCUGGAGUCAAGGUAGGCGCUGUCUGUUGUACGAUUACCUGGAGUCAAGAUGGGUGCUGCCUGGUGUACGAUUACCUGGAGUCAAGGUAGGCGCUGUCUGGUGUACGAUUACUUGGAAUCAAGAUGGAUGCUGCCUGGUGUACGAUUACCUGGAGUCAAGGUAGGCGCUGUCUGGUGUACGAUUACUUGGAAUCAAGAUGGAUGCUGCCUGGUGUACGAUUACCUGGAGUCAAGGUAGGCGCUGUCUGGUGUACGAUCACCUGGAGUCAAGGUAGCCGCUGCCUGGUGUAUGAACAUCCCUGAGGACUUAGCUUGUUUACUGAACAAAUCAAGAUGGUGCCAUGAGGAAGGCAAGCUAACAGUCCAGAUUGACCCAAAAACAAACACACACACACACACACACACACACACACACACACACACACACAAAAAC